AUGGAUAGGUACGCAAGCAAAGCCCUGACUGAGCUAGCAUCUGGCACGCACCCUGCUGCCAAAACAACACGCACGCACGCAACACACUGCAAAUUUGCAAUGUGCCAUUGCUCCCAGCAGCAAGCACGAUGCGUCCACGAGGCUCUGCUCCAGCCACCCGUGCUGCAUGACCGGCCAAAGAAAGCGCGAGGCGGCGGUGGCGGCGGCGCGAGUGCCGAGGUGGCCUCCAUCGUGCGGCUCGCCGUGCCGAUGGUCGGCGCGGGGCUGCUCAUGUACGCGCGCUCCCUAGUGUCCAUGAUCUUUCUUGGCCGGCUCGGCCGCCUGCCACUCGCUGGCGGCUCCCUCGCGCUCGGCUUCGCCAACAUCACCGGCUACUCGGUGCUCUCCGGGCUGGCUGCCGGUAUGGACCCGGUGUGCGGCCAGGCGUUCGGUGCCGGCCGCACGUCUGUCCUCGCCGCGGCGCUCCGCCGCACCGUCUCGCUGCUCCUGGUCGCGUCCAUCCCCGUCAGCCUGCUCUGGGUCGCCAUGCACCGCAUCCUCGUCGCUACAGGGCAGGACCCCGACAUUGCGGCCGCUGCUUACGACUUCAUCAUGUGCUCGCUGCCAGACCUCCUCGUGCAGUCCUUCCUCCACCCGAUCCGCGUGUACCUCCGCGCGCAGGCCAUCACGCUCCCAAUCACGUACGCAGCCGCCGCCGCGCUCCUGCUCCACGUUCCCAUCAACUGCAUCCUCGUGCAGGGUCUCCACCUCGGUAUCCGCGGCGUCGCCCUCGGAGCCGUCUGCACCAACCUGAACUUCUUGCUGUUCCUCGUGACCUACGUGUACUUCUCCGGACUAACGCAUGGCAAUGGCGGCAGCGAUGGCAAAGAUGGCGCAUGUUUGUCACCGAUGGAGGAACCUGCUCUGGAAUGGGGCCGCUUGGUGAGGCUCUCCAUUCACAGCUGCAUGUCGGUAUGCCUGGAGUGGUGGUGGUACGAGAUCAUGGUCAUGCUUUGCGGCGUGCUCGCCGACCCGAAAGCGGCGGUGGCAGCUAUGGGAAUACUCAUACAGACCACGUCACUGGUGUAUAUCUUCCCUCAUUCCCUCAGCUGCGCCGUGUCCACGCGCGUCGGGCAUGAGCUCGGCGCGGGUCGGCCGGAGCGUGCGCGCCUUGCGGCACGUGUCGGCCUCGCCUGUGGCGCCGCGCUGGGCCUCGUGGCGUGCGCAUUCGCGGCGUCCGUGAGGGGCAUAUGGGCGCGGAUGUUCACCGCAGAUGCGGCCAUCCUGCGGCUGACGUCCGUGGCGCUGCCCAUUCUCGGCGCCGCCGAGCUGGGCAACUGCCCGCAGACAGCGGGUUGCGGGGUGCUCCGCGGCAGCGCGCGGCCGGGAAAGGCCGCGAGGAUCAACGCCUCAGCCUUCUAUGGCGUCGGCAUGCCGGCCGCUCUGGCGCUGGCGUUCUGGCCGGCACGGCUCGACUUCCGGGGCAUGUGGGCCGGCAUGCUGGCGGCACAGCUGGUGUGCGCGGCCCUGAUGCUGCGAGCGGUGCAGCGCACGGACUGGGAAGAUCAGGCCGUUCGCGCGCGCGAGCUGACCGGCGCGGAGGCCCAUGGCGACGUCAAAAGCUGCCAUGCAGACGCAGACAGAGUGAUGGCGGGCAACGGCUUGCUCGUGGUGACUGUGCUAAGUUGA